AUGUCGACGGCGCUGGCUGCUGCACGUGCGAAGACGAAGGGGAAGCGUAUGCUGCGUAAUGCGCUGGAUGCUUAUGGCGACGAAGACACGUCUCUUUCCAAGUGGAAUGCCAGGAAGAAGCAAGCAGUGGCGGAGGGAAAGUGGACGUGGAAGGACAGUGUGGUGAACGCGAAUGCUGCCAUCAAGUCAAGAUUUGAUAAGGAAGAGGUGCAGACGACCGUGAAGGCGCGGUUUGGAGACGUCACAGCGGCGAUGGAGGAGGAAAUGAGCAGCACCAUCCACGUAGACCAACAUGGAGGACAAUUACUCGGACUAAACGAUCGCCACGAGGGUCAGUGCUGCUGGAGAGAGCGCAUUGGAGGCAAGAUGUAUCACUGCAGCAACGUACUACCACCAGACAAGAAGAAAGCGGAGACUUCAUCGACUGCAACGAAACGUUUCUGUCUGUGGCAUGCCAAAGGAUGCGCUUAUAGCGAGCACCCGAUGGAAAAAUCUUGUGUCAUUGAAAUUCCGAACGAGUUUGGUUUGUGUCUGCAUUGCUACAAAGUGACUGCGGGAACUCGUGUGACGCUGCAAAAGGUUCCUCCUCGAAUCGGAGCAUUGAAAAUCCCCGGGGUUUGUGAGACCAACGCCAAGAAGGAAGUGAAACGCGACGCCAUGAUGAAGUUACCACACAAAAGAUCAGCUGAAAUAGGGCGGAAAUUGGAUCCAACAAGUCUAUGUGCGUGGCAGAAAGAGCACUCGGAGAUCUCCUACGUCUGGCGCUGUACGAACCGAGUGCUGAUGCAUCCAGUGUUGCAAGGUUCGUAUCUACCCUUCUGUGGCUUCCACGCUUCACGGUGUAUACAAACGUACGGGGCUAAAGCACAAAUAUGCCCUUCAAUCGACCGGAAGAACCGCUUUGGAAUGUGUCGCAAUCAUCUGGAAGCACACUUGAGUACUUUAUCCUUCGAAGAACGUGGCAGCGUCCAGCUUAUCGACUCGGAGUUCGACGUGCCUGGCAUCAAAGAAUGCAAAAAAGAAGAGGUCUUGACUCCCGUUGAGCGACAUCCCCUCGCUCCAAAGUAUCCGCCUCCAUUAGAACCAGGCAGUAUACCAAUCUCCAUGGAGACCACACACGCUGUCGUGGUGCUACCGUCCCGUUCACGCUCACCACUGGAAAAAUUCAUCAAGAAGGCGCGUGUACUCGUUACAACAGCCUUUCAACAAGUCCUCAACCAUCCUAACCCAGUAUCUACAGUCGUUAAAGACGCGCUCUGGCACUUACAGUUCUUACGAAGAGCUGAAGUCGUAGCGACUCGCAUCCAGAGAAUUUUCCGAGGGAAUCGUGCUCGUCGACGAGUGAAGCUGCUGCGCUACGAACAGGCUGCGUUGGAUCGGAUGGAAGCGUGUCGUGUUAUCCAGCGAUUUGUCCGAGGGUUUAUAGGACGUCGAAGAUUUGAGCACGAACAUGAGAGUGUACACAACGCUGUGCCCCACAUUCAGCGCUUGUUACGUGGUGCUUUGGCGAGGAAAAAGUUCCGCGAGCUUUGUGCUGCGAUUCGUCUACAACGCAACUUCCGAUGGUAUCGACAGCGAAUUUUUGGCAGAACUAUACGAGAAGAGAUCGCGUAUAUGCAGGCUCUGCAGCGCCAAGCGGCGGUGAAUUUUACUGAGAUGGAGAAGCAGAUGACUACGUUUCGACGCCUUCGAGCGCAUAGAGUUCUUCGCGCUCACAUUACGCAGUGGAAACGACGCCAAGAUAUGCACGAACAGGAAAUUGCGGAGCGACUGCGUAGUUUAUUGGGCACUGUCAAGAUCCAGCGACAAUGGAGGAAAUACCACCGAUAUAUGCUGAUCAAGAAACGUUAUGAGAGUGCUCGGUCGGUUCAGAAAUGCGCUCGUGGAUGGCUGACACGUCGGAUGUGGCGUGGAGAUCCUGGUGUGCAUUUCAUCACGAGUUAUAUCAACCCACACAAUGGCUUUAAGUACGGGAAGGUUGUGGUUGAGCGGCAGACUUCGGGGUCGUAUUCGUAUCCCAGUCGGAAAAUACGGAUACGUUACGGUGUCUUGACGAUCCAGCGUGUUUUUAGGGGACAUAUUGGACGGUUGACGGCUAAUACGCGCUGGGCGGGGAUGCUGAAGCGAUGGGAGUGGCUGGGAAUUACAGCAACGGACUCUAGUGGACAGCUCAGUGACAGUAUGACGGUGGGUCAUGAACGCUAUGGGUUUCUGCUCCCUUCAUUCGCUUAUCAUAAGGACAGGAGGCAGCAUAUGCGUCCAGUUGCGAAUGAUCCCGUGCCCAACCGAGGCCAUGCGUACAAGUAUCAGUACAUUCUGGAUUUGAUCAAAGACCGAGAUGGACAGCGUGGCUGGAGUCUAGCAAGGGAAGAAAUGUAUGCGAGGCAGGUGAAAGAAGAGCGAGAGUGGUUAAGAGCAGACGAAGCUCGUCGAGAAGCGAUGGAGGCUGAUGUCGCGAGGAAGGAACUGCGAAGACAUGUGGUUACUAAGCGUGACCCGUUGACGCAGUCAAUGCCCAUUGCUAAGGCAGUUUUUCCCGUUGGUACGGUUGUUGAUGUGGUUGGGAGGAUGGAGGGGAAGAGAAUCAUUCGCAGAGCAAAGAUAACUGCGAUCCAUCAGAUGGAGUUGAAUGGAGAAAGACUUGCCAGAUUCGACGUCGUGUACACGAAGGGUCUGAGAAGCUCUUUCGGACGACUUGAAGCGAGCAAGGAACAGCAUGUGAGUCUAGCGCGUCUUCGCCAUGUUUCUACCGUUUCUGCCAAGAUGGAUCAGAAGGAAAGUGUGGGCAUCGUCAUCCAGGCGGCUAUUGAUCAGCUUCGCCGUGAGAUUGAAUCCAGCCAACGGUGGAAAGACAGCUUAAGGUCAUGUGAGAAUGGGGACAUCGAGGCUUUGCCAACUGUGGAUGCUAUAGCUGAUCGCCUGCGAGACUGUCGGGAGGGCCAUAACCUGCUGCGCGACCACCGUGACUUUGUAGAUUUCGUUUUCAAGAACUCUACCCUGUUGAAACUCAAGUGGCUUCAAGUCGUGAGCCACAUUCGAUACGGUAAGCGCUCUGAUAGACCGAAACCAGUGGCAGCAAUCAACACGCUGCCACGAGCCCCAUUGAUGGAGAUGUUCUACCGGGAAUUUGGCAUGGACUGCGAAAGAAAGACAUUGGAAAAAGCGAUCCAGCCCAUGCCAGCGAGAGCUCAUGCCAUCGAGGAACGCAUGGCGAAGCUCGGAUUUCAGCACGACUCGAAAACUAGUGUACGCGAUGAUGAUCCAAGUUCUCAACAAGAAGAACUUCCAGAAAUCUCAACUCGACCUAAGACGACAGCAGUGCUUAGAGAACUACCACCUCGACAUGGCAAGGCGGCGACAGUAGACGAUAUGAUGCUGUUCCGGGAUGAUCCAACACCUCACAACGCGCAGGACAUGCAUCGUCUCAUCUACGAGCUGAAGACUCUUCCUCGAGAAGCUCGAACCGAACAAAUCAUUCAUAUAACUUCUCGCCGCUCUCAUGCUUACGUGUGUGGCCAUCCAGCGUGUGGCAAAUGCUUCUCGUCGAGGAAGAUGGCAAGACUACACCAAGUAGAGGCACAUGAGGGACGAGAGCGACUUGCAAGCGGUAACCCCUUGGUGGAUCAAUAUUUACACUCGUACUGGCCCAAAGACGCUUCUUGGUCAGAAGCGGACAACAAGAUGAUUGUCGGGUACUUCCCGUGCAGUCAGAAAGGAUGCGAAACACAGCAGUUCCGCACACGACGAGAACUGAAAAGGCAUCAUGCUUUUAAACAUGGCAUCAAAGACGACUACGAUUCUCCUUCUUGUGCCACUCCAGUAGCAUUAACCGUGACUGAAGUGGGCAGCACAAGGCGACCAAAGCUUAGUCAACGAACAAUCUGGCUCGGCCCUUACGUGGUGUGCCGCAACCUGGAGGCCAAGCUCGGUAUUGCUCCCACCACUCUCUCAAACCCGAAGACAUGCUCGGUCCAUGACACUCCAGUGCAGCUGUGCACAACGUGCUUUUUGCAGCAACGACAACCAGUCUCCCCGUUUCGACUUUACUCGGCCUUGGCCACGGGAGUAGAAUCUGGUAGCAACUCGCUUCGAAUAGAAGCUGAAGCAACUGAAGAGGAAGAGUACUUGAUCUUCCGCGACGAUGACGAGGAGUUUUGUCCUGCAGUAAAUAUUUGGGGCGUAUUCACGCUCACGAUUCCUUCGAAGCGCAAAGUCAAAGGAAAAGUCAUCCUACCUGACCCGCUAUCGUCUGUUUUGUACAUCAAGGUCACUACUAUUUGUCGCGAUGCUGUUGGAGAAGCCUGGAUCUUUGGGUAUGUGCUUGCACAUAGAAAGCGAUCAUUGGCGAGGAAUGAUGAAGAUGAACAUGAAGUUGUGCCUGACAAGGACCGAGGGCUUGUGUUUGCACUACUCAGCCAAGUCGUGGGCUCUGCAUCGAUCCACUAUUGCUCCAGGAAUGUUUUCUAUCGGAAAUAUUACGAAAAGGAUGGAAAUGAAAGUGACGCGGUUGGUAUCACGCCGUCAAGCAAAAGAAGCCAUGGACUUCCGCGAAAUCUGUUUUGUCGACCAAGUCAUUCAUCCCAAAUAAGUCAAGAGGAGUAA